UGAGAAAUUAUUUGAUUCACUUGAUGGUAUUAGUUGUGGCUUUCCAUUUCUCGUCUCUGAUAUUUGUGUUUCAUGUUUUUGUCGUGUCCGCCAUAGGCGAUAGGUUUGCCGAUGCUCGUCUAGUGAAGAGAUCGUUGAAUAUUCAUAAAGACGCAAACAUGUCGUCGGCGCGGCUGCAGGCGCUGCGGGCCGUCAUGGCGGCGCAGCCCCGCCCCCUCGCUGCCUACAUCGUGCCCACUGCCGAUGCGCAUAAUUCCGAAUACAUCUGCCCGACCGACGCGCGCCGCGAGUGGCUCUCCCGCUUCACGGGCUCGGCCGGGGUGGCGGUGCUGACGUCAUCACGGGCCCUUAUGUGGACCGACGGACGGUACUACACGCAGUUCGAGAAGGAGGCGGAUAUGGAGGCUUGGAAUCUUAUGAAGCAGUCUCUGCCCGAGACACCCACUAUGGAGAAGUGGUUAACGACUAACCUAACUGAAGGGUCUAUAGUCGGUGCCGACCCGACUACCAUGAGGAGGGAAGAGUGGACGCCAUUGCAGACGGCGCUAUCCAAAGCGAACAUGGAGCUGCUAGCCGUCAAGGACAACCUGGUAGACGUAGCCCGGGUGCAACUAGACGACGCGCCGCCGCCGCGCCCCGCCAACCCGCUUAUUGUGCUGCCGGUGAAGUAUACUGGCAAAAAGUCGGGUCAGAAAAUUGCAGAGCUACGUGAAAAAAUGCAGGAGAAGAAAGCUGCAGCGUUGAUCAUCACCGCAUUGGAUGAGGUUGCUUAUACGCUUAACCUGCGCGGCUCAGACAUAGAAUACAACCCAGUAUUCUUCUCAUACCUCCUCAUCCGUCCCGACAGUGUCAUCCUCUUCUGGCACCAGGGGGCGUUGGAGGCGGCCGUGGAGGCGCAUCUGCGGGAUGAGGGGGUGAAGGGGGUGGAGGUGAAGCGGUACGGGGAGGUGUUUGGGUAUUUGGAGGGGUUGGCGAAGGAGCUAUCGGAGACUGGGGACGGCAAGCACUCCAUCUGGCUGUCUCACGACGCCAGCGAGGCCAUCCACACCGCUGCUGCCGGGGUGGCUACAUUGAAGAAACCACUCAACCUUAUUUCGGAAAUAUCACCCGUGGCUCUCGCGAAACAAAUAAAGAAUGAAGUUGAACUUCAGGGUUUCCGCGCCUGCCACGUCCGCGACGGUGUGGCAGUCAUCCGCUUCUUCCGCUGGCUUCACGAGGCGGUGUCCCGCGGGCGCACGGUGACUGAGAUACAGGCGGCGGAUAAGCUGCUUGAGUUCCGCAAAGACGAAGAAGACUUCAUGGGCCCGUCAUUCGAGACGAUAGCGGGCGCGGGCGCCAACGGGGCCAUCAUACACUACGGGCCCUCUAGAGACGGACCUCAGACGGAGAUUAGAGUUGAGGAUAUGUUCCUACUGGACUCUGGAGGACAGUACAGGGAUGGCACAACAGACAUAACCCGCACUCGCCACAUGUCCUCAUGCAGCGCGGAGCAGCGAGAGACGUUCACUCGCGUGCUGAAGGGACAGAUCACCCUCGGCGCCGCUCUCUUCCCUAGGGGGGUUAAGGGCAACGUCCUAGACACUCUCGCCCGCCACGCCCUCUGGCGGCGCGGGCUGGACUACGCGCACGGCACCGGCCACGGCGUGGGGCACUUCCUCAACGUGCACGAGGGACCUAGUGGGGUGUCGUGGAGGCCCUACCCUCACGAUCCUGGUUUACAGCCUGCCGCCAUACUUAGCAAUGAGCCUGGCUACUACAAAGUGGGGGAGUACGGUAUCAGACAUGAAGACCUGGUGGAGGUCGUCGAGGUCACCAAAGACUCCGACCAUCCCAUGGCUAAAGAUUUGAUGGGUGACUUCGACGGGCGCGGUGUCCUCGGGUUCAGUACCCUCACGAUGGUGCCGCACCAGACGGCUUGUGUAGAUGUAAAGUUGUUGGAUGACUUCGAGCUAUCCUACCUGAACGCGUACCACGCGCGUGUGCUCGAGACAGUGGGGCCAGUUCUGCGCUCGCGCAACCUUAUUCAAGACUUGGAGUGGCUGCAAGAGGAGUGCAAGCCUCUCACCAGGGCUUAGAGAUUCAAUGAAAUUGGAAGACGGCAUUUGUAAUUGAAACAUUUAACACAUCUAAGUAUUCGUAACCAUGGAUUUUAAUAACUAAUUUUAUAUAUUUGUAAAAAUGUGUUUAGUUUAUUCUAUUAAUUUAUGAUAAUCGCUUACUUUUAACAAACAAUUAUUAAAGCUGCUUUAUAUUUUGAA